UAGGGGCCCCUUUGGAGCCCUGUCCACUGUUACCGGAGGGGACGCCUGGGUGGGCCGCUGGCGACAUCCGCCCCCUUCCCUUCCCGUCGCGGGCCUCCACUGGCACCGCCGCAGACUGUCGUCCCCUCCGUGGUAGGCUCCUCGGCCUCCCCGUCCACCUCACGUCGGGCCCGCUGCCCACGGCCUCCCCACAGCAGCGGCCUCCUCGGCGGCCACCAUCUUUGCGGUUGGCUUUGCCUCAGCCCGGUCGCCGCCCCACUGAGGUACUGCUUGUCGCCAUGUCCUCCUCCGGGGAUCCCGGCCAGGCCCCUGGCCAGGAUAGCCCCGCGAGCGCUGUGGGGGCAGGGUCCCCGGAGGCCGGAGGCGGCAAUGGGGUGGCCCCUGGGGUCGGGUUUCCCCAGAUUGAGGUGGCUGGAGUGGCGGGGCCCGAGGUGGCCCUUGAGUCCGGGUCCCCCAGGAUGGAGGUGGCCCUUGAGUCCGGGUUGCCCGAGAUGGAGGUGGCCCUCGAGUCCGGGUCCCCCACGAUGGAGGUGGCCCUCGAGUCCGGGUUGCCCGAGAUGGAGGUGGCCCUCGAGUCCGGGUCCCCCACGAUGGAGGUGGCCCUCGAGUCCGGGUUGCCCGAGAUGCAGGUGGCCCUCGAGUCAGGGCCCCCCGGGAUGGAGGUGGCCCUCGAGUCCGGGUUGCCCGAGAUGGAGGUGGCCCUUGAGUCCUGGUCCCCCGAGAUGGAGGUGACCCUCCACUCUGGGCUGCCCCCGAUGGAGGUGUCCGAAGUGGAGGGGCCCGUGGGAGGCCUCGGGGAGGCUGCCUUGGGUUUGGGUCUGGCCUGCGGCCCGGCGGGCGUGAGCGCGGAGGCCGAGGAGGACGAAUCGGAUUUCGGGCCGGCGGAGGAGGACGGGGAGGAGCAGCAGGAGGAGGGUCUGGAGAUCCUUGUGGACGCCCACCAGUUCCCAAUGGUUGGCUUCCGCUUCAUGUUCCUGGACCUGGUGCACUCGCUCCUGCACCGGAUCUACCACAACAACCACAUCCUCGUGCGGCCCCGCCGCGGCCGCGUGAGGGUCCGGACUCGGGCCCGGCAGCCCGACAGCCCCCGUUGGCACCCCGCAGCCCCCGCAGGCCCGCCGGCGUGGGCAGCUCCGGCCGCGGCCCGGGAGACCGAGGCCUCGUCCGAGGAGGAGGCCGCCUGGGAGACGGCGGAGGAGCCGGACGAGGAGUCUGAGGAGGGCCUGGCGACCGCCAAGGGAACAACUAAAUAUCAGUAUGAGAAGCCUGCCAAAGGGGCCAACGACUCUGAAAGGGAGGAAGAAAAAGACAAAUUUAACAAAAAGCAAGAAGGACCCAACUAAAGAAGAUCUGCCCCAGCAGAGAACAGCCCCAGAUCAGUUGGCAUAAAAGAAAGAAGAUGAAGAAAGAAGAAAGAAUCUGUUGUUCGUUAUUUUUAGGUUUUUCAUUUUUUAGAAGCCCAUGGGAAUUUUAUUAACACUGAUGUCAUUCCAAACUGCAUCAUCUAAAAAGUGAUAUCCAAUGAAAUGUGACUCCUCGCUUAUGUUUGACAGAUAUAUUUGAUAGCAUUUGUUCAAGUUAAAAAUAAGUUUGUUUUAAAUUAAUGCACUGGAAUGUAGGCAGAUUUUGCUUAGAUAAAUUAUCUUGACUCAGAUCUCUCUUUUUCCUCUUUGUUUUGGUCCACUGUACCUUCACUGAAAGGUAUCACUCUCCACCAUUUGGUGAGCCUGUUUUAAAUUAAUUUCUUACAGCCCCAAAUAAAAGAAAA